AGGAGAUGGGCCGAAGCUGCGGGGUGCGGGUGCCCCAGUACUUGACCCAGUGCUCCCAGAAGCUGAGCCUCGUGCUGAUGUUCACUCUGAUGCUGAUGCUUAUGGUGGAGCCGAUGAUCCACUGCGUGGGCAGCACAGAGGAGCAAGUCUUCAAGUUCGAAUGUGAGGCUUGGACUGAUGGAAUGAGCUUGAUGUACGAGAUCCUCUCGAUCGCCGGCAUUUUCAUGUUCUGCAUCCUGGUACUGGACGUCACCAGCAUCUCCAUCACCAUGUCCGAGUACACGGUGCUGUGCACCCACGCGCUGGAGCAGGUGAUGUUGUGCUUCAUGGCCUUGUUCACCGUGGUCUGCACCUUCACCUUCGCCAUCGCCUCCAUGUCCCGGGAGGCGCAGCACGUUUCUGGAGAGGAGUGGAAGGGCUUCAGCGCAACUGGGUCCUUGAUCCAAGUGGCCUUCGGGCUUAUGGAUUUGGAAUCCAUGGCAGUGGUGGCGCAGGAAAGUCCAUUGCUCUUCAUCGUCAUCCUCCUUUUCACCAUGAUCGUCUAUAGCUUCUUCUUCAACCUACUUGUCUCGCAAUUUUGCGGGGUGUACAUGUCGCUGGCCAGCGACAUCCAGGGCCAUGCAAGGCUUGGGCGUGGACAAAUCAUCCUUGAGACCCUCAAGACGGUGCGGAUGGCUCGCUGGAAGCGCUUCAUGUCGUCCUUGGCCUUGGACCGCCGCGUGGACUUCGGGGAGGGCGACAUCGGCCUGGCGGGAGGCAUCAAGGCGUGGGAGCCGGCCUUGCUGCACGCCGUGUCCAAGGAUGAGAUCAUCCGAUUCGGCGGUCAGACGGAUCCUUCGUUGCCUUGGCCGGAGAAGGACGCAGGUGAUGCCAAUGAGAUGGAGAGGAUGAUCAGAGGAACGAUUCAGAGGACACUCAAGUCACUACUGGGCAAGAAGGGCAUCAACAAGAGCGGCGGCGACGACACGACAAGUAGCCACCAUAGCAGCAGCCACCGCAGCUCUCUCGACGAGUGAUAGCGCGACCAGCGCUGGAGCACUCUGACUGCAGAGGUCACUGCGUUCAGGUGGAACAUCCACCCUGCAUGACAUUGUUUUAGCUGUAAACUCUCUGCUUACCUUUCGAGGCAUUUCUCAUGGAGCUGUCUAAAGCUGCAGUCUAGAGGCUGCUUGAUAGGUUGAAUCUGUUUUCCGCCCGUGUUUUCGGCCCUGAGUAUUUGCAAGGAGCCGUUUUCAGGGCCAUAUCCAGAAACAGGUGACCCAUUUUUGGAACCAGCAAGUUCAUACCAGGCUACAAAGCGCCUGGUAUCCAUCCAGCUCCAACGAAGCGGAUACGUUACUUUCAACCGGGCUGUGUUCCAUGCCUGAGGCAUGGGCCGACUUUUCGAGCUUUUGAAGCUGGCCCUAAAGGCCGGUAGCUGGUCCUUGUGUGAGCGCCGAUAUUUUCAAACGGGGUGCGAUGGCUGUCGCGGGCGCAUUUACUGCGCCAUGCGGGGAGGCGAUGCAAGAGAGCCAUUGGGACCGUCACGGGUCAUUCGAC